AUGAGUCAAGGUUGGAGAGUUCGCCGGAAGUCGUACGCCAUGGGGCAGACCCCGCCCCUGCUGUACUCCAUCCCGGACACCGACAAGCCGGUGGACUUCAUCCAGGAGCAGUAUCUCAAGAAAAACGCCAUGAGAAGGGUCUCCAUGCCUGCCGGUCCCAUGGUAGGUCCCAUAUUUUAA